AUGAGGAUUCAGAAACUUUACGAUGUGUUUGUUCCUAGCACAGACGAACGGGAGCUAGAUGAGGCAAGGAAUGAAACUGCCUUCGCCAAAUUGGUCCAAUGCUUGGACGAUCGAAGUUUGUCUCUGAUCAUAAGAGAGGCAAGGGACGACGGGAGAAAAUCCUUGACGGUGCUACGUGAAUAUUACCAAGGUAAAGGAAAACCAAGGAUCAUCGCUUUGUACAUGGAGCUGACCUCGUUGAAAAAGGGCGAGAACGAAAACACGACUGAUUAUAUGCUCCGAGCGGAGACUGCCUCGACGGCGCUUAAAUCAGCCGAAGAAGUCAUUAGCGAUGGACUGCUAAUAGCUAUGAUUUUAAAGGGACUUCCGCAAAGUUAUAAAAUAUUUUCAACUGUAGUCAUACAGCGGGAGAAGCCGAUGACUUUUAGUGAAUUCAAAACAGCCUUACGCAACUACAAGAAGAAUAAAAAGAGUUGCAAGACGGAAGACCAAGACAACGUGAUGUACACAAAGCCACAAAAAUGCUUUGACGGAAAAUGUUUUAAAUGCGACAGAAAGGGUCACAAAAGCUCGGAUUGCUGGACAAAGACCGAGAAGUGGUGCAGUAAUUGUAAAAGUAAGACCCACAAUACGAAGGACUGCAGAAGCAAGAAAGACGGCAAGGACGCCACUAAGACAGCAAAUGAACCGAAGAAAGAAGACAACAAUGGACACUCGUUUACUUUCACACUCAAAGACUCAAACGACAGAAGAAAUAUGGACAAUGAAAACUUACUAGUGGACACUGGAGCGACUAGUCACAUAAUUAAUGACAGUUCAAAAUUUAUAAAUUUUGAUGAAAACUUUGAUUCUAGCACUCAUUUUAUGGUAUUAGUUGACGGUAGUAAAUCUAACGUUGUAUUAGGAAAAGGGAAUGCUAAAGUUAAGCUAUUUGAUGUAAAGGGAAAUAUGCAUGAUGUUAUGUUGUAUAACACACUCUACAUUCCAUCCUAUAACCAAAAUAUCCUUUCAGUUUCAGCCGAAGUAGGUAGAGGAGGCUCAGUAAACUUGGGUAAACAGGUAAGUAAAUACACCACUGAGGAAGGCAAUAUAUUUGAGAUCAGGCAGAAAGAGCGUUUGUACUAUUUAAAUAGCGUAUCAUCAUCAAGUAAUAAUGCUAGUUCAAUAGAGGAGUGGCACAAGAUUUUAGGCCACUGUAAUUACGGAGAUGUUAGAAAGCUAGAGCAGGUAGUUAAGGGCAUGAAGAUCACUGAUCACAAGGAGCCAGAAUGUGAAGUAUGCACUCAGGGCAAAAUGUGCCAGACUAGAAGUAGAGAGCCAGACCAGAGAGCAAAGGCACCCUUGGAAUUUGUACAUUGUGAUUUGGCAGGGCCAAUAGAGCCCACUGCCAAAGACGGAUUUAAAUAUGCUUUAUCGUUUGUAGACGAUUUCACAGGUAUAAACAUGGUCUAUUUCUUGAAACAGAAGAGUGACACUACAGAAGCAACAGAGAAAUACAUAGCUGACGUUGCGCCUUAUGGAAAAAUCAAGCGACUAUGUAGCAACAAUGGAGGUGAGUUCAUUAGUUAUCGAUUUAAGAGUCUCUUAAGAAAGCACGCAAUCAAGCACGAGACAAGUGUGCCGUACUCACCGCAUCAGAACGGUACAGUAGAAAGAGCAUGGAGAAGUUUGUUUAGCACGGUGAUGUCUUUUGCUAGAAGCAAAAUUACCAAAACAUUUGUGGACAUAUGCUGUGAUGGCUUCAGUCUAUAUCCGAAAUAAAUGUUUUAAUCCACAUUUAGGGAAAACACCCUACAAAGCAUUAAUCGGUAAGCAACCGGAUUUGGGUAAUAUGCAUGUGUUCGGAUCUACCUGUUAUGCGUUUGUACAGAAUGCUAAAAAGUUAGAUGCUCGUAGCCAAAAAGAUAUCUUUGUCGGGUAUGACAAAGGAAGUCCGGCCUAUUUGGUGUUUUAUCCGGAGACAAAUGGGGUAGAAAAAGUACGAUGUGUAAAAUUCAUUGAUAAUUUUCAAGCCGAGCAAGUUGAGCAUGAUUUAAUUUCAAACAGAGAGCGAGGUGAGAACACUGAUAAGCCUGAGGCCAAGAUGCCAAACAUUAAUGAGGAACAGAACACUCAGGAAUUUGAGACUGAGCAAGUAGGUGAUGACAAAGAUAUACACGAACAGCACAAACAAGACAUUUAUGCAGAAAGGUAUCCAACAAGAGCAUGCAACAAACCUAAUUAUUUUGGACUAAAUAAGCUAGACGAUAACACAAGUUAUACAGUUGACUAUUGUUAUAGGCUUGCAAACAUUCCAAUAAGUUACAAGCAAGCAGUAGAUGCACCAGAUGCAAAUAGAUGGCAAGAGGCCAUGAACACAGAAAUGAAAGCCUUAACUGCUAAUGAAACAUUUGAGCUUGUACCACAUCCUAAGGAUAGGCAAGUAGUGGGGGCAAAAUGGGUAUAUACAGUUAAAACAAACCAAAACGGCAAAGAGAAAUAUAAAACCAGGUUUGUAGCAAAAGGCUAUUCACAAGUGCAAGACAUUGAUUAUAAAGAGACAUUUGCACCAACCGCACAUAUGAGUUCAGUUUGCACUUUAUUGCAAUGCACGGUUCAGAACAAUGUAUUUAAAUGCACCUAUCGAUCGAGAGAUCUAUAUUGA